AUGGAGCAAUCUCCCACCCUGCUUGGACUGCCGGUCGAGAUGUUCCAGCGCAUCGCCGAACUCACCUCAAAGGAGGAGCUGAUGUGUCUCCGCUUGGUAUCGCGCGACUGCGCCGCCAAGGUGCUGAAGGUGUACAAAGAAGUGCUCUUCUCUGAGCAAAAAGUCAUGCUAUCUACCACUUCGAGCAUUCGAAAUGCCAUUGAAGUCGUUGAUCAUCCGGUAUUCGGCGGUGUGGUUCAGAAACUGGUGCUGGUGGACGAUUCAUUGCCGGAUCCAUCCGAUAUCGACUUUACUAGCAGCACCGAAACUGGUCGCGAGGAAUCGGCUUGCGCACGUCUACUCACGGCUACGCAUCGUGCACAGAACUCGACAUGGAAGCAAGGAGAAAGCCUCCGCUUGCUCACCCUCCUUCUCCGCAAGUACUCCCAGGGUGCCAAGAACUCGAUCAUUCAUCUGGAGACAAUCUCCGAGCUUGAGAUUGAGGACGGGCGGGAACUAUGGAGCGGGAACGAUGUGGGCAGCUUGGAGAUGGUACUGAGGGCUGUGGUGGCGUCAAAGGCUCGCUUCGGGACGCUCUCCAUGGACAAAACGGUCGUCGAUGGGAUAUGUCCUGUCAAAUCCGGACGGGACGACUCUAGGAGCCAACUGUGUACAGAGGCGCUCCGUGAUAACUUCAAGGAGCUUGACAUCGUCAUCGAAGCAUACCGUUGUAGUCACAUGCACGAUGUCAAGCGGGCGCGCCAUUUCUAUUCCUCAAUAUCGCACGCCAAGCUCAGAUCGGUCAAGAUCGUUGGUGGGCCCGUUCCCGAACAUCAACCCUCUGCACAAGAACCCGCGAUCGCUGCAUUGAUGGACCAGGAGUUCAAAUCUCUGGAGUUCCUCGAGUUCGGCCGAGUUGGUCUUCAGUGGCAUAGGCUUGUGCCCUUCCUGACCCGCCAGCGGAACUUGCGCGAACUUCGUUUCUCCGACACCUGGGUCGAUCCACUUUGCGCUGCCAGCCUCCCGGUCGAGCUAUUCGAGCUCAUCGCCGAGGAUGUCAUGAGCGGCUCGAGCGAAGACCUUACAGGUCUCCGGCAGACGAGCUCUCAAAGUGCAGCCAAGGUGAUGAGGCUCUACAAGAAGUGUCGCUUCGCGGAGAUUGCUGUACGCCUGGUCCGCCCUUCCAGCAUAGUCAACGCCACAAAGAUCAUCGAAAGCCGUAUUGUAGGAUCUGCAGUCCGCAAAAUUACCUUCGUGGACAACUCACUGCCAGACCCAUCUCGCAAGGACGAAGAAGGUUCCGAACAGCACUCGAGCUCAGCUGACGACAAUCAAUCUGACUCCGGGGAGGACGAGCAUUCCGAUUCCGAGAAUGCUGAUGCAGACGAGUCGAAUGCCGACUCGGCGGACAGCUCUCCUGAAGACAAGGCUUAUCACACACAGCAAGCCAUGCGGGAGACCGGACAAGAUCGAGACCUGCUCAUCAAGCUCUUCGACAAGUUUGGGCGUGGUGGGAGAAGAAGCAGGAAGCUGAGCGUCGUCUUUCGAUCCCGUCGCGAAGAAGGAGAAGGGACGUUGCAUGAUGGCCACUGCCUUGCGAUCGUCAUGCUUGCCAUUGCAUCUUCCAGUGCGACUUUCAAGGCCUUUACCAUGGAUGUUGGGAGGGCACAGGGUAUUCCGGUCACUCAAUAUGGGAAGAACUUCCAGAGUGGCAUCAUCUGCAAGUCCGCCCUUUCGCACUUCAAGGCCCUUGAUCUUGUGCUGAACGUCGACGAGGACGACCUCGCCCGAGCGCGCGACUUCGUUGACAUGAUCAGCAAGCUCAAGAUCCGCUCGUUGACGUUCAAGACUCUGGUGGAUGGAGAAAUGACGAAAUUCAUCGACAUCGAUACGUUGAUGAAGCUGAAGUUUCCAGAUACGGAGAACUUUGAGUUCGAGCAUGUGUUCGUUUCCUGGGACAAGCUGGUAUCGUUUCUCAAACGCCAGAAGAGCUUGCGAAACCUGGUCAUCACCUUUCACGAGGCUACGGUAGACGAGGAGCCGCAGAUUUUCCAGUGUCGGUCUCAGGAGGCACGCAACGAGCUCUCCCGCCUCACUGAGAAUGCUGAUUUGAUCUUCAAUGGGUUCCACUGA